UGCGUUGUCUCUAUCAGCAUGAUUUUUCACUGUUUAAUCUAAUUUUAUCGCUGUUUGUCAGACACAAGUUGCUGUUUUCGGUGUCCGCGAGCCUCCAACAUGGCGGAUCCGCUGCUGGAGUUUGAGACGGAGAUGUUUCUGGGGCUGUUCGGCUGUGACGGGCUGCUGGUGGCGGCGGAGGGGAUGGGGAUAGACCGCAUCCUGCUGCAGUUCAUGCGGGUCUACUCGGAGCAGGACAGCCUGGUGCUUCUGCUCAACACCACCACACCUGAACAGGAGUAUUUCACGGAGCAGUUGCGAGUGGAGGGCGUGACCCACCUGCCCAGGACAGUGACCAGCGACGUCCACAGCACCGAGCGCUAUAAUGUUUACACUGAAGGAGGCGUACUGUUCGUCACCAGCCGGAUCCUGGUGGUCGACUUCCUCACGGACCGCAUCCCUGCUCAUCUUAUAUCAGGCAUCCUGGUGUAUCGCGCUCAUAAAAUCAUUGAGUCAUGUCAGGAGGCCUUCAUCCUGCGUCUGUUCAGGCAGAAGAACAAGACGGGCUUCAUCAAAGCCUUCACUGACAAGGCCACGUCCUUCUCCUCGGGCUUCUGCCAGGUGGAGCGCGUGAUGAGGAACCUCUUCGUCAAGAAGCUCUACCUGUGGCCCAGGUUUCAAGCGUCAGUGAACUCAGUGCUGGACAGGCACAAGCCAGAGGUGGUGGAGCUCCACGUGUCACUGACGCCGGCAAUGAGGGCCAUCCAGAGCUCCAUCCUGGACAUCAUGAGCGCCUGUCUUAAGGAGCUGAAACGCUACAACCCCACCCUGGAGGCUGAGGACCUCUCUCUGGAGAACACACUGGGGAACGCCUUUGAAAAGACGAUCCGUCACUACCUGGACCCAUUGUGGCACCAGCUGGGAGCAAAGACCAAAGCCUUGGUCCAGGACCUGAAGGUGCUGAGGGUUCUCCUCCUCUACCUCACCCAGUACGACUGUGUCACCUUCCUUAAUCUGCUCGAGUCGCUGCGCUCCAGCCAGAAGCUCUUCGGAUCCAAUUCAGGGUGGUUGUUCCUCGACUCCAGCACAUCCAUGUUCAUGAACGCUCGGGGUCGAGUGUACCGCAUCCCAGAGAGCAGGAAGAAGCUCAAAGUGGGAGCAGAGGCAGAGAAACAGAAGCCAUCCGCUGCUUCAGAGGUGAAGCGGGAGCUGGUGCUGGAGAAGAGCCCAAAGUGGGAGGCUCUGACUGAGGUCCUGCAGGAGAUCGAGAGGGAGAACAAGAGCUCUCAACACGAACUAGGUCGGGUGCUGAUCUGUGCCAGUGAUGACAGGACGUGUGCCCAGCUGCAGCAGUACAUCAAGCACGGCUCUGACUGGAUGCUGAACCGACUGUACGCCCGGACAAUCGGUAAACGGGACUCUUCCGCAGCCGCAUCCGCUGCAUUUGAGCUCGGCUCGCACAAAAAGGGCAACGGCUGGCCUAAAAAAGGGGCCAAAGGGAAGGAGCCUGCACAGAAGAAGAAGAUGACUAAGAGUAAAAAGAGGCCGUCUCUGACUCUAACCCAGAUGGUGGGGAGAGAGGAGACAGGUGACGCCGCAGUGAUGGGUAGCAGUGGAGACGAGGAUGAACUGAUGGAUGAGGAUGAAGAGGAGGAGGAGGAGCUGAAGCUGGAUUUGUCAUCAGAUGCUUACUACGGUGUCCUGAAGGAGCCGCUGACUGUCAUCCACCCACUGAAAGGCCUCACUGACCCCCACAGCCUGACUCGGGUGCUGCAUGAGGUGGAGCCCAGCUUCGUGGUGCUGUACGACGCUGAGGUCAGUUUCGUCCGCCAGCUGGAGAUCUACAAAGCCAGCCGGCCAGGAAAGGCGCUGAGGGUGUAUUUCGUCAUCUAUGGAGGCUCGACAGAAGAGCAGAAGUACCUGACGGCGCUGUCCAAAGAAAAGAAAGCCUUUGAACACUUGAUCAGGGAAAAGGCGACUAUGGUCAUCCCAGAGGAGAGGGAGGGGCGAGAAGACACCAACCUGGACCUUGCUAGAAAUUUAGAGCCUGCCAAUGCCACCGUCAACACCUGCAAAGCAGGUGGUCAGGAGCAGCCCAAAGAGCCGUCACGAGUCAUCGUGGACAUGCGAGAGUUCCGUAGUGAGCUGCCGUCCUUGCUGCACCGGCGUGGACUGGACAUCGAGCCCGUCACCCUCGAAGUGGGCGACUACAUCCUGACCCCAGAAACAUGCGUAGAGCGCAAGAGCGUCAGCGAUCUGAUUGGCUCAUUGCAGAGCGGCCGCCUCUACACCCAGUGCCUCUCCAUGACCCGCUACUACAAAAAACCAGUGCUUCUCAUCGAGUUUGACCCAGCCAAACCGUUUUCCUUAAUGGCCCGGUCAGAUUUUCGACAUGAGAUAUCGUCCAAUGACAUUUCUUCAAAACUCACCUUACUCACUUUGCAUUUCCCUCGCCUCCGUAUUCUAUGGUGCCCCUCCCCGCACGCUACAGCCGAGCUCUUCCUUGAACUGAAGCAAGGUCGCUCUGAGCCCGACGCUGCAGCAGCUCAGGCGGUCACCGCCGAGUCCGACACAGUGACCGAAUCAGCAGACCUCUACAACCCCGGACCGUACGACUUCCUGUUGAAAAUGCCCGGGGUGAACACAAAGAACUACAGGGCGCUGAUAAAAAACGCAGACAGCCUGGCAGAUUUAGCCAAACUCAACCAGGACAAGCUGGCAGAGAUACUCGAGAAUGUCAACAACGCUAAGCUGCUGUAUGAAUUUCUGCAUAAUGUUGCUGAUGUCCCUGCUCCUGUGCAGAAAGCCAAACAGACAUGAAAUUUAACUGACCUCAGAGAGACUGAUUAAUUUUGUAGUCUUCAUCUCUUAUGUAUAUAAAUAUAUUUUUCACAUUUUUAGGAUUAGAUUUAGUUUUUGUAAAUUUAGAUGACAGUGGCAUUAAUGUACAACAGUGCAGAGUGAAUUCAUAUGGUACAUUUGGACAGGAUGAGUCUUUGCCUUUAAAAGUUACAUUUAUAUUGUAUUAAUGUACAGAAUGAAUUUGAAUAAUGUUGCUUUUUCUAUUGUAUUUUAUAAACUACU